AUGAAUAUUUUAAUCUAUGGUCGUAAAUAUAUAAUACCAUGUCAAAGUCGAUUUUCUCGUCAAUCAAUGGACGAAAUUGCUAAAAGUGAAUAUGAGGCAACAUCGGAUACGACUAAAAAAAGUCUUGGUAGUAAUCAAAUGUCAAUUACUGAUGAACGAGCAAACAAAGCUUUUCCAGAAUUAGAACAAACUAUUAAGGAUAUACAUUCUAAGCCAUUACCAUCAAAAUUAUAUCGACGUGCUCGACGUGAACAGAGAACAGUCAAACGCCUUCAAAAAUUGCUACAUACUCGAUCUGAUAUUAUUGUACGUCGAGUAGAUAAAGGCGAAGGAUUUUAUAUUGGUAAUGCGGCUACAAUGGACGAUAAAACAGAAGAAUAUAUGAAUAAAACAGAAGCUUAUCAAGAAUUACCUACAGAUCAUUAUCAUCUAGUUGAUAUUUUACGUUCAACAGAAGCUGUACUCGAUUAUUUAGUCAAGAAAAAAGCAAUUACAAAAAGUCAACGUGAUAAACUUCUACCAAAUGUCGACAAAAUGGAAUUAGCUUAUUUAUAUGCAUUACCUAAAGUACACAAGCCUGGCAUACCAAUACGGCCUAUCGUUUCUGGACUACAUGGUCCCGCCAGUUUAGUUUCAAAAUUUUUAAAUAACCUUUUAGCACCGAUAUAUUUACAGGUUGCUCGUGAAACUACAUUUACUAAUAGUAUUGACGUCGUUCGAAAAUUACAACAAUAUGUGGCCAAUGGUUAUUUGAAACCCACAACAAAAUUUAUUACAGCAGAUGUUGAAAAUCUUUAUACCAUGAUACCACGUGAAGGUGGCCUCAAUGCAUUAAUAAGAUUUCUUGAUAAAUAUGCCAAAUAUCGUAAGAUAGGUCCAUUUACAAUAGAUAUGAUUUUGAAAAUGGCUCGACUAAUUUUGGAUACAAAUUAUUUUGUAUAUAAAAAUAAGUAUUAUAAACAAACACGUGGUGGAGCAAUGGGCUCAGCAUUUACACAAGUCUUUGCCAAUAUCUAUAUGUUAGAAUGGGAACAAGAUUUAAUAAAACACCAAGCAUCGAAAAAUGAAAUCUACGGACGAUACAUCGAUGAUAUCUUUAUGACAACGAAUAUCUCAUUUGACGAAAUUACAAAAGAACUCGAAAAAGCCCAACAGAAAGAUUUAAACAUUAAAAUAAAUCCUAACAUGCAAGAAUCUGUUCAAUUUCUCGAAAUUACUAUCAAGAAUGACAAUGGGAAAUUAAAAACUUCGAUCUAUCAUAAACCAAGUGCCGAUCCAUAUUACUUACCAUAUACAUCCGAUCAUCCACAUAGCAUUCAUCGCAAUAUUCCAUACAAUGCAUUAUUGCGUACAGCACGUCUCUGUUCAAAUCUCCAUGAUUUUCAUCUAGAGCGGCUACGUAUUCUUGUAUCAUUGCUAUUGAAUAAUUAUCCACCAGCAUUUAUUAGGAAUCAAUUUCUUCGAUUCUUUCAAGUGAAUAAAGCUGAUACACUCAUAAAACGAUUCGAUGACCAACUUUAUCAGCAACUGCAUCAAAAACUACUUCAUCAACCAACAAAGCGUGAAAUCGGAAAAAACGCAAUAAAAAAAGAUCCAAUAUUAUUUCCACCAGUUCUACAAACAAAAGCGUGGAACUCAAAGGUAAUGUAUCUGCGAUAUCCCUUUGAAAUGGGACCAAAUACGACAUUUCCUCGUCAAUUUUUCGAAUGGUGGAAGAAACAUUAUCAAUAUCAAGGAUCACCCGCAAACCGCAUACAAAUCAGAGUAGUUCCUAAAACCAACGAUUCAUUACAAAAUUUCUUAAUCCAUGCAAAGCCUACAAAAGCGAUUCUUAAAGGAAUACAGCAGAGCAAACAAUAG